AUGCCUGUGACUAUUACCACGGCCGAACACGCCCCUCGCAAAUGGAAAGCCCACAAAGUUUCCACAGCGGAGAAGCUUCUCAAAGAGUCAAGUCCUAAGGAUUAUCGACGCUGCCAAAAUAUCAUCCAGAGUUCGUUUUCGCGAAGCCAGUUUCGCCAGUCACACAUCUCGGCCUCUACGAACGGCUUCGUUUGGGCCGUCUUUCAUGCCUACAGUUCUCACCACAAUUUGACCAUCCGCCCCGAGGAUGUUUGGUUUUCGAUUCUGACGCAACUCAGCUUCUUUGUGAAUGCACAUGCUGAAGAGCUCCGGCCCUUCUUUGUUGCACACGAAGGACAAAAGCAGCUUGAAGUCAUUGAAAAUGGGAGUAUGGACUACGCAGACUUUGGCGCCCUGGCUGUGCGGAUGACUAAACUCAUUGAAAAAAAUGUUGUGGAUCCAGAUCUUCGGGACUGGAUUAUGCCAUCCUUUAGCACCACCACUGAGUCAGAUACUGUGGUGGCAGCCAUUUUGAUGAUGGGGUCCUUGCAAAAGUACUUCUCAUAUGCCAUGACUUUAAUCUGCGGUAUACCUUCUGUUACCCUUUUGGGUGAAAGAGAAGAUUGGUUGAGUAUGGUCCAGAAAUUGGAAAAGUUGAAACAGCUUGGGAAUGAGCCUGCUCGGUUUGCCCAGCUCCUCCGGCCUAUCCUGAACCAUUUUGUACUUUGUUUUGACGGUCCUGAAUCAUCUGAUGUUCUGAGUUUCUGGGGUAGGUGUGCCCACAAGUAUAACAUGGGUAGUGGUCCAGAUUAUCUGUGUGGCUGGAUCUCAGUCUUUUGCUUCUGGGAUGAAAAUGGAAAAAUGUUACGACGGGAUCGUAUUCACCCAGUCUCGUCGGCCGAGUUUGAAAGGCAAAAUACUGAGCUCUGCUUGGACGACGCAUUAUCGCGCAGGGUUGACAUAAGAGAUGUCCCAUCAGGAUUUGCAUCGGUACCAGUCACUGUCAAUGAUAAUGGAGAAGUCUAUGACACUAUGAUGUUAGCUGGUUUAGUCGGCAUUCAAGCCAGUUCAAGCGGCGCGGUGCUUGACCAGGGUCGGGACCACCUUGAUAGCGAUAACUACGGGCAUCAGCAUUUGGAUUCCCAGCCAGAGAGUGGCCCCGAUGAGGAGACUGGACUUGAUUCUAUUCAACCAUUAUCGGGAUGGUGGAUGUAUGAGAAGCAACACAGAGAGAAUGGCGAGAGAACCUCUGAGGAGGCCUCUAUAGAUCCCAUUUCUGGGUCUCAGCAUGUCGAAGAUUGGUUGUCAGAGAACACUUUCUUAAAGCUUUCAGCUAGACGAAGAAGGGAGCAAGAGGAUUCUGCGGACUCAAUGGUUGUUUCAGCGGUGUGA